UUACUUUGCAAACUUAUCUAAUUCUAAUUCUGAGUGUAACGACAUGUGUUAAACGCAAGACGAAACGUCACAGAAAAAAAACAAAGCGGUUCGCGUCAUGUUUUCCCAAGAAAAUUUUGAAAAUGACCCCGAAAGGCAGGUGGAGGAAGAUGAAGAGUCCGAGGAAAGCUACACGAAAGAAGAGUAUCUGAUAGAGGAUCAGCCGGAAGAAGUAAACCCCGAUAGACUCGAAGAAUCUAAUCCGGAAGCUGGCGGGAUCGAUUACGAUCCGUUUACGGACGACGAAGCUGGACCUUCUCCAUCCCCUCAGCGAGAGCAGGAACGCUCAAAAGCGAAGCGACGAAAGUGCGAAAAAUUGUUUUCAUUGGAAUGCAGUUUUUGUCAGAGAUUGUACCGAAGUCAGUUGAGGCCAAAAGAAAACUUCUCGGCGCAGAUCAGUGGCGAUUCUGUGCAGGAGGUGGUAGCAAAUAUGUGGGAGUCGGGAAAAAGCCUCAUCAAACGGGAAGUCAGAUUCGAAAAUGGAGUCCCGAAAUGGGCUUCUGGUGAAAUCCCCGGAGAAGAAUCCGCAGAAAAGUUCCUCAUCGUGUACGCUCAUAAAUCGUAUGCCACGACGAAUCUAACCUCGAAAAAGCUGCAAAAGUGGCGUGAUCAGAUUGUUAAGGUGUUUGUGUACGCUUACUCCAAGGAAGUUGAGACCAAGGGUCAGUAUGGGGAUGUUCUCAAAUACUUAAUCAAUCCCAAGAAUCCUGAUCGGGCUGGCGCCAACUCUAUGAGGGAGGAAGCUGCUUUGGCAAAAGAGUUGAGAGAGAAAAAUCCGCACCUCGAAGGUCAUUCCAGCUCCUGGCUGCUGUGGGCUACCACAAUUCACGCGGCCCCUGCCCACGAGCAAGAAGCUUUGAAGGAGGCGCAACAUCCCCCCAUCAACAUAUCGAAGUAUUUCCGUUGGGUAGGAGUGUCCGAGGCAGCUCUCCUAGAUUCAGUCCAUCGAGGAAUGGUCGUAGCGAAUACGGUCAAUUCGCGAUGGUCGAAGCAAAUCCGGGAGAUCAAGGAGGAUCUUCACACUGCAUUUAACAUCAUUCAAGGGGCAAUCAGGAAGGUGGAGACCAUGGAAGCGGAAUCGAACGCAAGCAUAGCAUGCGAUGGAAUCGGCUGUGCAACCCGAGGAGAGCGAGUUAAGCCAACAGUAGGCUUCGGUAUCGAUCACAUUUAA